UUCUCCAGCGCCUACACCCCCCCCUUCCUCCACAUCGCGAGUGUUUGGCCCAACAGGGCACACGCCUGACGCGGGCCGCAGCGCGACACUGGCAGCGGCAGCAUGAUCUGAUCGCGCGGCCUGGAGCCAUGGGGAAGACGGACGCACAGCGCGAGGCGGCAAAGAGAGCCAAGAAGCGGAAGCAGGAGCGCCGUUCCGAUGCAUCGGCAGCCGUGGUCGCGGAAGCCGCAGCCUCAGGCGCCAUCACCGCCGAAACCAUCGCCAGGGCCAUCAACAUGGGCGCGCACAAGCGCACUAGAUUGGCCGAGCCCACCACCUAUACACCCGUGCAAAACCUCCCUACGCAGCACAUCGCGAGCUUGCUCAAUCAGGUCAAAGAGGCACUGCGCAGGGACAAUGUCAAGGAGGCUGCGGAUAUCCUGGCGAAGCGCCUGUCGCCUCUGAAGGAGUGCAUGAGCCCGAAGGACUUCGUCCUCAUAGCCAUGUCGAUCAGACCGCGCAGCGACCUGGACUCGGUCCUGAGGUUCCUCGAGGACGUGACCCUCCUGGUGAAGUUCAGCGACCGGAACACCCGGCGGUACUUCGUGCACUUCUCCAGCCUCGUGGUCCAGGAGUACAUGGCGGAGUGGAGCUCAGGCUACGAGCACCAUUGGAAUGCGCCCGUGGAGGCACUCUGCCAGGCCGGCGUCUGCGUCCGGCACCUGACGCCACAGCCCACGGUUCAAGAUGCGGCGGCGGCCGGCAGCGAGUUGCGGCUGGUCGGGGCGCUGCCAAUCGGACACCUCAUGCAGAGAGGCGACGUCCUUUUGCUUACGUUAGAAGGUUUGGAGACCGAGACUUUCCUGGCGUGUGGCACAGACGCAGAGGUCACAGAGUUCACCCAGCACGGUGAGGGCAUCGUGGUGAAGCUGCUCGGGGCACCGCCGAAUGCCGCUGCCAAGGUGAUACAGUCCGGCUUCAUGUGUCGAGUUGACAAGCUUGCUAACAAGACCACUUUCCAGAGGUCGAUGGAGGCUCUGCGGCUGAUCGCGACCGUGGGCAAGGAUGGGCCGUUCGGGCCUUUCGCCGACUUGCUCACGUGUGGCUUCGGUAUUUAUACGAGGGGCGUGGUGACACCUGAGGCGCAGCUCGCCGGCGAGCUCGUGGAGAAGAUGACGUCAGAGGGAGAGGGGUCGCCGGUCUGGUCGCAGGUCAACAGCUCGCAGAAGGUCGCGAUCAUGAGCGGCUUGCAGCGGCGCUGCACGCUCAUACAGGGGCCGCCCGGCAGUGGGAAGACUCACACCGCGGUACUGCUCGUGAGGGCGUGGGUAGAGUCCGGCAGAACCCCCAUCCUCUGCACGUCCAACAGCAAUGUGGCCGUCGACAACCUGGUGGCGGGGUGCGCCACGGUUGGGCUCAGCGUGGUGCGCCUGGGCCGGCCUGAGGCCAUCAGGCAGGACCUGGAGGCCUACUCCCUGGACCACAUCGCGCGUGAGAGGACGAAGGCCCUCAGUGGUGGCAACCCCUCUCUGCAGGGCGACCUCGACCCGCAGUCCAUGUGGGGGCACUCCAGGGCCAUCGUGAGCAGCGCGCAGGUCGUCUGCGCCACCUGCACUGGCGCUGCCAGCAGCCAUCUCGACACGAUCUCGUUCCCGUGCGUCCUGAUCGACGAGGCUGGCCAGGUGACGGAGCCCCUCACCCUGCUCCCGUUGGUGCGGCCCGGCCUGCACCAGGCUGUGCUCGUCGGUGACCACAGGCAGUUGCCACCGACGGUUGUCUGCAAGAAGGCGGAGCGGAAGGGUCUCAAGACCCCUCUAUUUGAGCGCCUGGUGAAGCGGGGCGUGGCGCCGGCACUGCUGGACGUGCAGUUCCGCAUGCACCCCGUGAUCGCGGCGUUCCCUUCGGAGCAGUUCUACGGCUCAGCCCUGAAGAGCGGUGUCCCAGGAUCGCAGCGACCCCCGCCAACAGGCUUUGCUUGGCCUGUCGUGGGUGUGCCGAUCGCCUUCGUACCUGUCCAGGGCAUGGAUAAGUCCGAGGGCGCUUCCCACUUCAACCCAGAGGAGGCAGCCAGAGUUGCGGAGACAGUCAACAACUUGCUGUCAAAGGGGAAGCUGAGUCCGUCCGAGAUCGGCGUGAUCUCCCCCUACGCUGCACAGGUGAGGCUACUGCGGCGCAAGGUCGGCGGCACGCGGCUUGGCGGGGGCGUGUCUGGCGUCUCCUGGCACGAUCUGCCCUCGCUGCGCGGCGUGGAGGUCGGGAGUGUCGAUGGCUUCCAGGGCCGCGAGAAAGAAGUGAUCAUCGUGUCCACGGUGAGGGCCAAUCAGUUCGGAAAGAUUGGGUUCUUGAGCGACCCGCGGCGACUGAACGUCACGCUGACGCGCGCCCGCAGAGGCCUGAUCAUCUACGGCAAUUAUGAGACGUUGAUGACGGAUGAGCGCUGCUGGGCCCCAUGGCUGCGCUGGAUGCAGAAGUGCGGCCUCGUUUUCGGAAAGCCCCCGGACAAGCUCGAAGCUCGCAGCGCGAUCCUCGAGUUGAGCAAGGUGGAGCUGGACUCCCUCCUGAAGGGUGUGGUGACCACCGGUGCGUGCACGAGCCUGGAGGCGGGGUCCACCCCGUGCUACUCGGACGCCAGCUUCGAGCCGGCCGAGGCCUCGCGGCACAUCCGCGACCGUGCGGGCGAGCCCGAGGCCGAGGGGCGGGAGGAGAGGCGGAAGGCCGAGGAGGAGGCGGGCACCGAAGAGGCGGGGGCAAGGGGCCCCAAGCAGCUGGCCGGCCGGCCUGCCACGGAGAGCGACUGGGCCAGAUCCUUCGCCGCCGCGCAGGCGGCGUGGGCGUCGCUUUCGAGCAACUCUGGCGCAUGGCGCGAGUCGGACGCGCUGUCUCAUCUCAGGCAGAUGGCUGACCUGGGCUUCGUGCCCUCGUCGGGGUCGUCCUCGGCCUCCGCGUCGGCCAUGGCGGCCGCGGCGGCGUCUGCAGCGCUGCCCCACCUCUCCUCCGACCAGCGCGCCAUGCAGAUGCUCGAGAUGGGCUGGGAACCACCCGCCGCGCCGGCGGCGCCGCCCGCGCCGGCGCGGAGUGGUCCGCCGACGCUCCUGGAGUCGGGCUGGGACGGGACCGGCAAGCCGCCGAUGCUGCGCGGCGACUGGCAGUGCCCCAGGUGCGGCGAUCACCAGUUCGCCAAGAACAACCAGUGCCGCCAGUGCGGCGCCCCGAGGCCCCCCGAGCACCCAGACCCGGGGCGCGGCGGCGGGGGAGGCUCGGAGGGCAGCGCCGGGGCGGCCCAGGCGAGUGCUGGCCCCAAGCCGCCAGGACCUGUGGCUCCAGGCCUGGUGCGUUGAGAAGGGCUGGCUCUCGGUCCGAGGGCUGCGAAGCAGGCUACAACGGGCAGUCGCAUCCCUGCUGUGCUGGGAGGGCUCUGGGGACAGGCGCAGCUCUGGGCAGCAUGCGGGUGUCCCAGCGCCGGGCCUGGCAGCGAGUGGGCCAAACAUCUGCUGUCUGAUGCCGGCUGAGCGGUAGCAGUGCUCGUCUACUUUGAGGCGUUGGCGGAUCGGCCUUGAAUGGUAGUGACCACGCGAAAUCGAUGUGUGCGGAUUUCUACUUAUCCGCAGGUGGCACCCGCACGCCACCCCCGUGCGUGGCCGGGGCCAUCCUGGACCCUCGCAUGGUUUAUAGACUCCCCGGGCCUUGGGCCCUACCAUGGGCAAGGAGGGUGUUUGCCAUGCCAUGGCCCAGGAUGCCCAUGGCCAGGCGUGGUGGUGUACAGGUGCCUUCUGCCAUGCCAAGGUAGUGGUGCAUCCCUGGUUUUGCCAGGCUCGGCCGCGUGGCCCAGGGCCGAGGCAGCCCAGCAUGGCGGCUGGGUAGCCCGGCCACCGGCUGGCAGCGGCAUUCGGGCAUCCCAGCCGUGCGACCCAUUUCGCGAGAUGCUCAUAGCUUGUCCAGCUCGGCAGAAGCGGCGCGCGGCUUGAGGCAUGCGAACAACAGUAGAAA